AGACGCUGGAGGCGGUAGCAGCAGCAGCAAGCCGCAUCCACAAAGCAGGAGCGCACUCCAAGAGCAACAAGACGCCUCUGCAGACACCUGAGCAACUUCUGCUACAUGUACAAUUUGAAAAACAACUAAUUAAUAUGAGAAAACUGACGAUUUGGUUCUAAUAUAUGCACGCUGGUUGUUUCUCCUUUUAUGUAAGAUCUGAGUUGGUUGGAUGAUGCGCUUCUGACUUGGAUUAACGCGCGGUGAUAAAGGGCGAUUCUGCGCACUUGGGAAAAUUAUGUAAGGUUGUCCUGGCAUCUUAGACUGCAGUAUUACCCUCAGACACAGCCAUGAAAUCAGUGCUGGACGGUGUGGCGGACACCACCUUCCGGACUAUUACAUCUGGUUUACAGUAUUUGGGUUCCAACGACGCUAACUAUGAGGACCCCAUCAAUGAUGUAAACUUCAAGGGCAGCUUCUCUCUGCAGAAGCCCUUAUCUGCUUUCCGGAGCAACUCUUUCCCCAACAAAGUACCUGCAGAUGAGGAGCUCAUCCUCAAGGGCAUCCCAUUCUACCCCACCAACGCCACAGACUUGUUUGGCAACAGGAGCACAUUCAGAGAUGAGACUAACAACAUACAAUGUGGGGAGAACUUUAUGGACAUGGAGUGUUUCAUGAUCCUGACUCCCAGCCAGCAGCUGGCUGUGGCUGUGAUGUCUCUGACUCUGGGUACCUUCACAGUGCUGGAGAACCUGGUGGUGCUCUGCGUCAUCCUGCAGUCUCGCACCCUCCGCUGCCGGCCAUCCUACCACUUCAUCGGCAGUCUUGCUGUGGCUGACCUGCUGGGCAGUGUCAUCUUUGUCUAUAGCUUUUUGGACUUUCAUGUUUUCCACAGGAAGGACAGCCCCAAUGUUUUUCUCUUCAAGCUGGGUGGAGUCACAGCAUCGUUCACGGCCUCAGUGGGAAGCCUUUUCCUCACUGCCAUUGACCGCUACAUCUCUAUCCACCGGCCUCUCGCCUACAGGCGCAUUGUGACACGGACCAAGGCUGUAAUAGCCUUUUGUAUGAUGUGGACAAUCUCCAUCGUCAUCGCAGUGCUACCUCUGCUUGGCUGGAACUGUAAACGUCUCAAAUCUGUUUGUUCAGACAUAUUCCCUCUCAUUGAUGAGAAGUACCUGAUGUUCUGGAUAGGUGUAACCAGUGUGCUGGUUCUUUUCAUUAUCUACGCCUACAUAUAUAUUCUGUGGAAAGCACACCACCACGCUGUGCGCAUGUUAAGUCGCGCCUCCCAGAAGAGCCUUGUUGUCUAUUCAGCAGACGGGACUAAAGUGCAGACCACACGCCCUGAGCAGGCACGCAUGGACAUCCGUCUGGCCAAGACCCUGGUGCUGAUCCUGGUGGUGCUGGUCAUCUGCUGGGGUCCAGUGCUCGCUAUCAUGGUCUAUGACCUCUUCUGGCGAAUGGACGAUGACAUCAAGACAGUAUUUGCAUUCUGCAGCAUGCUCUGCCUACUCAACUCCACUGUCAACCCAAUCAUCUACGCCUUGAGGAGCAAGGACCUGCGGCACGCCUUCCUCAGCUCCUGCCAUGCCUGCAGGGGCAGUGCCCAGCAGUUGGACAAUAGCCUCGAGUCAGACUGCCAAAACAGAAAUGCCAACAUUUCUGCCAACAGGGCUGCAGAGAGCUGCGUGAAGACCACUGUGAAAAUAGCCAAAGUAACAAUGUCUGUGUCAACGGAAACUUCAGCAGAAGCUGUUUAAUUGGCUGUCAUGGGGAAAACUGUGUAAAUGUCAUUCUCUCAAAAACAAUGCCAUUUCACAAAAUAAAGCAAAAGUUAGGUAUUCCAGAGAAAAUCUCUCCUGAAAGUGUUACAUCCUCACAUAGAUGCUCUAGUUGUUGCAUACGUUUCUGUUUGUGUAAGAGUACAUAGUGUGCCAAAGUGCCAAAUGGUAUCACAAGGUCAAAGAAAGAACUCACGAUUGGAAAGGAUUAUCGAAGACUAUCAUAAAUCUGCUGUUUACCAUUGACUUCAUGGUAACCAAUUAGCAAAGGCAUAUUAUAUUUUUGUACUGUAAAUUCAGGUUUUGAAAACAAUAUAUCUUCAUUUAUGGGAUAAGGGGCUACUGACAUUUUUAAUUAGAGAUGUUUUACUGUCAUUUCAACUUUAACAUGUGUCUUGCUCUUGCAUCAUAAUAUAACAAAUCCUCAUGCCUUGACUUUCUAAAGGCUUCAUGAACAUUUUGCAUUUAGACAGUUCUUUAAGCAAAACAGUGAAAAUAAUUAAAUUGACUGUGAUUGUUUUUUGUUUGUUUGUUUUUCCAAAAUUGUCAUUAAACAUGUCACUUUUGUACUUUUUCUGACAACACUCAGUGAGUGGCAAAUGUGUGAAGAGAUUAUUGAGAAAAAAGAGAUGGUUCAUGUUCAAGGAAAAAUAUUAUCACCAUGACAAAAUAAACUCUAGAUAGAGGUAGAUAGACUCACAGCUUGAGUUGGUGAAAUCUGAAAUGGCAUUUUCUGUGGCAGAGUAAUUGUCCCUGAUGUCCAUUUCUUUCCUUGCUAGCUGUUACACCUUCAGAGUAUCGUGUCUUUGUUCUAAUGUGUACCUAACAACUGUACAGUGUUUUCUUGCUAAAUAAAGUGUUGAAGUUCACUCAUUCGGCUAUACAGCUACGACAGCAACAGCACCAAGCUUUUGGUCAAAGCUUAAACAGAUCAGAACUGAUUUCAGAUACAGUGUGCUGGUCACUACUGUAUGAAACUGAAGGGGAGUUCUGACUAUAGCUGCUCUCAUUAAAUGUAUGAUUUUACUGGAUUCAGCCGUGUAUGUGUGUGAAACGUCGUGACUUGGUGAUAUAUUUCCGACCCCAAGCCUUUUGAUCAUUGCAGUGAGUUGUUUUAGUGCUACUGUUGCAGCGGGGCAUCAUUUCAAUAAAAUAAAGCAACCCAUGCACAGGGCUUGUGAAGUAGUUUUGGCGUAACUCUAAAUAAAAAUAUGUCUGCUGUUAAUUUUACUUAUCAAAACAAAGAAACAAAGGUCUUUUCUUUAGCUGGUAACUUGAGUAGAAGUUUGUGUGUAUGCAUUUGGUGGGGCAAUGAGAAAUGACCUUACAAAAGAAGCUGAAAAGAUGUGAUUUUUCUACUAGGUGAUGUAAAACUUUUAAACUAGAAAUCUCACGGCACAAUUGUUCUGUAGACAUUUAUCUUGGUGUAAAGUAUCCAGACAGCUGUUUAUCAAUAUGCUUUGCUGCCUCUUGUAUUAUUGAGUAUUGAAGAUCAAAAUGUCAAAUGUCAAGUGGCUUCUGUACAUUGGUCGCAUAAUGAGGAAUCUAUGACCUAAAAAUCACAGUCAAGUGUUUUUAGUAUUGCUGUUUACAAACUUUUGAAUAAAGUCGCAGCUGAUCGUCAUUU